AUGGUAGACUCUGAGAUGAAUGACAACUCCGCCCACGGAAAUGUCUCUGGUGUACUCGGGCGGAGAAGAAGCCAGCGGGCUUGUGGAAUGUGUUAUCAGAAGAAGACCAAAUGUGAACUUGAUGGUCCAGAAUCAGAUGCUGCUCAGACUUGUGUGCAGUGUAUGCGUCGUAGAACGGAUUGCGUCUUUCCUACUGUGCAAGAGAAGGCCGAAGAUUUACAAAGUGAUGAAUAUGUAAAAUUUCUCAAAGAUCGUCUUGGAAGAGCAGAAGCUCUCCUCAAGGCGGCUGGCAUCUUGCAAGAGAGUGAUAUGGUUGCCUCCGAUGAGGAUGAAGAUCCACCAUAUGAAGACUGGAAGAAUGACCAUCGACAUACUGAGUCAUCAGGUGGUUCAUCCGAUCUCUCACCUGCAUCUCGUAUAUCUUUAGAUUCUUAUCAAGCCAACUUUCCCGAAGUUGGUGAUCUUGAGGUCUCCGGCCUAUUCAAGACUCACAAAAGCGAUGAGACACGAUAUUUUGGACGGAGCUCUUCAUUAUCCAUCUUAUCUCGAGGCGGGAUCGAGUGGAUUAAGAACAAAACUGGCGAUAUCAGCUUCUUGAGUAUUGUGUCUCCAAACUCUGCCAAUGAUUCCCCUUGGAAUACUUGGCGCCCUGAUGUAUUUCACGACCUAUUUGCAUCACAGGUUUUCAAGCCUCUCCCGUCAAGAUCAGAGGUAUUUUCCCUCAUAAAAGAUUUCUUCCGAACAGCAAAUCGACUGUUCCCAAUCUUUCAUGAACGCACUUUUAUGAAUAUGGUCGAGUGGCAAUAUACGCAACAGACAUGUGAUGAUGCCGCUCGAUGGGCCAGUAUCAACAUGGUCGUCUGUCUAGCCUAUGAAUACCGUUUUUCACAUAGCUUGAAGCCAGAAAAGGAUCGAGAAAGGUCCCGGCUAUACUUUCAAAAUGCCAUGUCGGUCUUUACAGAGCUGGCAUUGCGACGCACGGAUCUUUUGAGUGUACAGGCGCUACUGAGCAUGGCUUUUUAUCUUCGUGGAAAUUCUGGAACACAGGCGGCUGUUCCAUUUAUAACGGCAGCUAUGCGAUCAAGUCAACGGAUGGGGCUCCACCGUGAUAUUUCAAGACCUGAUCUGAGCGCUAUUGAGGUGGAACAGAGACGACGUGUGUUCUGGAUCGCCUUUACUGUUGACCAGAGCACAUGCUUGCGUACCGGAAAUGCUCCAUCUCAGCAUCCUGAUGACUUCGACGCUCCCCUUCCGUCGGAAAUGGAAGAUGAUCUAACUCCAGAGUUCCCGAGUAAUAUUCUAUUCUUCCGUCAGCUAUGCCGUAUGUCGCUGAUAAAAAGCCGUAUCUAUUCCCGGCUUUAUACCGCCAAGGCAAUGCUAAAGCCACCUCGUGAAAUCUACCGGAUAGUCACAGAGCUGCACGCAGAACUUCAGGAGUGGAACAAGGACUACCCUGUUGUUGAGGAACCCAAGGAAAAGGUUGCUGGAGUUGACUUCUUAUUCGGCUUUGCGAAUAUUGCUCUCAAAUUCGGGUACUAUAACGCUUUGAUCAUGAUUCAUCGCGUACCUCUUCUUAUCAACUACCAAAUAUCUUCUCGUGAAUUUCCCGAUGAAGAACUCAUGUCACUGAGUAAAGCACAUGCUUCACGAUCAGCAUUAAUCGCCACCAAGGCGGCAAGAGACACGCUCAAGAUGGUGAAUAACAUGCCGUGGGGAGAUAUCGCAUGGAUGUGGGCUAUGCUGUAUUAUGUCUUUCUAGCAGCAGCAACUAUCUUUUCGACUAUUAUUCGCGAUAGCCGCCACGCGCAAGUCCGAGAAGACCUCAAAUCCCUGAACAUGGCAUCGACUUUCUUCACAAGCCUAAUGGCAGGCACCGGCCCAGCAAGCUACGCCGGAUUCAUGGCCCGCAUGACUGGGAACCUAGAGCGCGUCGCGCGGAUGGUAGUCGAAAAAGAAGAGAAGCGGGCCCGAAGUCCCGACGAAAAAGAAGAGGAACAUCGCCCUUCGGCGAAAAAACGUCAAUCACGAGUACUUACAGCAUCCCACCCAAAACCACGCCACAAACCUAUGACAAUGAAACACCACGUGUCCGCUCAGUCUUCAUCCCUCCCAGAAUCCACAAAACAUCAUCGAUCCCGUACUCUAACUGCAUCAAUAUCGAACGCGUCGGCAGUACCCCACAAUGGUCUUGGCGACAUAGGGAUCCCCGAAGCUAUUGAGGGUCUUCCUCCAAUUAAUUCAUCUGGUUACGUAGUCCCCCUAAGUCCAGAAUCAGGACCAGGCGAGCCGCGCACUUUUGCUUCAAGAGCCACUAUCCAACAUCCACCCCCACCACCCUCCUACACCACAAUAGGUCUGGGUGUAACAAAUCUGAACUUGAACGGAGUACACACAACCGAAAUACCACAGAACAAUUCUACCAUCCCCUUUUGGCAACCGCAAGACCCGCUAGAAACCCAGUCAUCCUCACAGCACAGCAGCAGUUCAAACACAACCGCAGAAAAUGACACAAGUACCGGCACCAGGAUUCCAGAAUCGUGGCAAGUGCCCCUAACAGCAGACUGGCAAUACGGAGACAAUCUAUGGUCAGGUCUAUUCCCCACAGAAUCAAUCGCCACCUCAGCAAACGGCCAAGAUAUUUCUCUGCCUAUUCUGUCUGCAGAGUCAUACCUCCAUCCAACUCAUACCGCACAGCAUCCGAUUGGUAUUAACAGUGGGAAUAUUGCUCACGAUCCUACACAACUUAUGUUCGGGACAGAUACUACGACUUUUAACUCUGCGGCGGCAACAGCGCAAGAACAGACUCAGGUGCAGAAUCAAGAGGAGUUUCUUUGGGCGAAUGGGAUGCUGGGCCUUUUUUAG